AUGUUUUAUCAAAAUGACAGGAAACUUAGGGUUAUUGCAUACUUUUCCUCAUUCAUUUCUUCUUCAUUUCUAACAUACCUGUGUUUCGUUUAUUUCAUUCGGUGGGAACGUGGAUUGGAAAUAGCAGUCUACCUUGGAGCUUAUGAUGAAGAAGAAUCUGCGGCCCGAGCAUAUGAUUUAGCUGCACUGAAAUACUGGGGAACGAAUGAUCUUUAUCCUUGCUUGGAUACUGAUCAUCUCAUGCUCCUCAUACUUCCAACAGAUAUCAAUUACAUGAAAGAGAUAGUGAUAAUGCAGACUAUGACAAAAGAGGAGUAUUUGGCUACUUUAAGAAGAAAGAGUAGUGGCUUUUCAAGAGGCGUGUCAAAGUAUAGGGGUGUUGCAAGGCACCACCACAAUGGUAGAUGGGAAGCAAGGAUAGGGCGGGUUUUUGGAAACAAAUAUCUCUACCUUGGCACAUACUGCACCCAGGAGGAAGCUGCCCGUGCCUACGACAUUGCAGCCAUUGAGUACAGAGGGAUUCAUGCUGUAACCAACUUUGACUUGAGCAACUACAUCACACUGUUAAGACCUGCAAGAGGAAAUAUCCCGGAAGCAAUGCUAGCAUCGCAGAUCGUACCAGAGUUUCAGACAAUGGCAUCUCCAUCUAACAAUACUUCAAUAGAGGAGUCCAAAACAUUGUCCCUUGACAACAAUUUUUUCAACACAGAUUUCCUGAAGUCUUCACAAAAGCAAGAGGUCUUUGAGAACAAACCCGCUUUUAUCUCAAGCAAUAAGUCAUCUUCACCCACUGCUCUUGGCCUUCUUCUCCGUUCUUCAAUUUUCAGGGAAUUAGUGGAAAAGAAUUUGAAUCUAUUUGGAGAUGAAAUUGAUGGGGAAGACGUGAUGGAUCAACAACCACAUAUAGCUGGUGAUGAUGAGUUGAGUAGAAUAUUCUAUGAUAGUAUUGGUGAUAUCCCGUUUGCCGCUGAUCCUAACAACUAUGAUUUUGCAAGAGAGCUCCACUCCAUCAUAUGAACUGAGAAGCGUAGAAGUUUUAACUAGAUGCAAGAGGCCUCCACUCCAUUUUCUAAAUAGAGAAGCUAGUUAUUUCUAAAGAGCAACGUAUUGCUAGGAUGCAUUUAUAUCCUAGAGAAUCCAGUCUCACUGGUGGGGACUUGUGGGUUACCAGUAUUUGUGAAGUUCUGGCUUACCAAUUCCUCCAUUUUUGCAGAGACAAACAAGCUUUCAGUUUUGGACUAGUAAAUAAUGAUGCAUGCUGCAUACUGUUGUAUGAUCGACAUGCCUCUUUGCAGAGGGAGAUUAAUAUAUAUGGAAGCCAUAGUUAACA